AUGACCGUGACCGAAGUCGGCUGCAUGGGCAUCAAGCCCAACAUGAAUAUCAUGGACCAUACCACUCCAGAAGGUAAAAUUCUGACUGACGCUUGGAAGACUGUAAUCAGCAAGCCUGGGGGUCCACAAAGAGUUUACUGGGGCUUAGAGUCAGUUGAUUCAUUAAAGAUAUGGUGCUUUUUCGACUUUGAGUCGAUUGAGCAACAUCGGCGCUUUGCUGAGGAAUACGGCGCUGAUGCAGUCAAAGACAUUCCCAAGAUCUGCACGUAUGGGGAGUUCUCUAGACAUAUCAAGAUGGUUCCAUCCUCAGAUGUUCUUAGGUCUCCUCUCACUGAGAUCACACUUGCGUAUUUUUCCCAAGAAAUCUCAGACGAAAAGAAAGAAACUCUCUCGUCAAAGAUUCAAAAGAUUCUCGGACAAGCUUUCCCUGAUAAUGCUAGAGUAGCUCACGCCUGGGGCGUAGAGAACGACUUUCCAGCGAGAAGUGAAGCCGGAAAGCCCAGAUCAGUUCUCAUGUGUUUUAUUGGACAUUCCGAAGCAUGGGGGGAUUAUCGUCAGACAGAUGGUUGGAAAGAGGCAGCAUCGAGUAUUGAAGGGCUGGAGGGUUGUACGAGUAUUUAUAGCUUUGCGAUAAGCUGCCAGCAUCUUGAGAGGGCUUGA